AUGGCAGACUUCAAAUUCAGAGGAGACUACACAGCCAACAAGGAGUUGGUCUGCUCGAUUUCGCGCCUGCUUAAUGCCCAUGGAAUCCCCUGUCUGCUCUGGGGCGAUCUGGUCUUCAGUCUCUACGGAGUACCUCUCCAAGUCUCAGACUUCAGUUUCGUCAUCCCCGAUGAGCUAAUUGACGAAGCACGCAAUAUCCUCGAGACAGCCAAGUUCCCCGUCUGCUAUCUAGGCCAAACAUGCCCCGCCAUCCAGCCAACCCGCCCGGCACCACCCCCCUAUGCCCACUUCAACAUCAAGCAAAAAGGCGACCCAAGAAAGUGGUUCACAGUCGAACUCCACCGAAAAUCCGAUCUGCUCUGGACGGCUCCAGAAAUCCCGGCUUGCACGCCCGACGGCUACCAUCCGCACUACAUGCUUGCUAACGAUGCCAGGCUGCCAGAGUACUCGCCCCGAAAGCGUCUCGGCCGGAUGGAUUCUACCGACUACGCUGUCAUGAUACCAACUCCGAACCAAUACGCGGAGGCGCUGGCCAUGUUGUACUACCGCGAUGUGGUGCCUGGUCGGACUAUGCGGGGAGAGUACUGGUUGGAUCUGCAGAGCGAGCUUGUCCAGACGGGGCUUGUGAAGCUGGAUGAGCUCCCUCCGCGCAUUAAGCGGCACUAUGAGCUGGUGGAUAAGGCGGAUAUGAAGGAGGUGCACGAGUACAGCGAGGAAGUUGCGGGGCAGAUGAGGGAAGAAUUCGAGCUCCCUGUUUGUCUGCUGUCACUUAAUCCGGAUGAUUUUGAGCCGGCGGUGCCGGUGGAGGAGUUUCUUUGA